AACUAACAUAAACAUCCAGUGGCACCAACGUCACCCAUUCGUGCUGCUCAGUUGGUAGGCAUGCCGCUGAGUCCAGCAGAAGCAAAAAACUUCUCAGCAUUAAUAGUAAAGUUGCUGAAAAUUGCUCUAAUCUGAAUUAUUGAUUGAAAUUUCACAGCAGCAAUGUCUUCCUGUGUCAGCAAAGGGGUUUUGCGAGUUAUACCAACAAUUAUCAACCAUCAAGUCCGUUUUGUUCAUAACCGGCCGAAUAUUCAAAGACCAAGGCCUCCUCCAUUCCUCAAAGCUAAAUUCUUAACUGUUACUGAACCUAAGGAACCAGAAGAUACCCGCCUUCCUAUUGAAAAGUGUUUAAAGCCCCUCCAACAUAUUCCAUCUUAUGAACUCGAUGCGCUGGACAAGAUUUAUGCUUCUGAAUUGAGGGACCUGUUUAAAUCGUCAAAACUGAGUGCUCUUUUUCACCGGACAGGAUUUAGUCAUGACCAACUUCACAAUGCUAAAAUUCAUUUCUUUAAAGCAAAUAUGAAAGUUAUUAUUAGAAAUAAGUACAUUGUUAAGGAAGCCAUUGGAGAUACAGAGUUCCGCAACUUGCUGCCUCUAUUCGAAUCUUCUACUUUCAUGGUGUUUUCACCUGAGGCUGACCUUGCAAGUCUUGUUCAAGUCAAUAGGAAGCUAUCUCAUCAUCAUCUCUUAUGUGCCGUUGUUGAUCAACGAAUUCUAAGUGUGAGUGAAAUUGAAACCCUAUCUCGCAUUCCUAAUAUUGAUGCAGCACGACUUGGAGUUUUGCAAACCCUUCUCAGCGGAGCCCAAAGCGUUGCCCAGCAGUUACUGUCUCAUCAAAAUACAUUAGUUCAACAGCUCAACCAGAGGGCUGAGCAGCUGUCGUCAAAUAAAUAACUGGUUUAGCUCAGAGUGAGAUUAUUGCACUGAGAUAAAGUAUUUCUUACUUAAAGCACUAAAGCGUUUUAUUUGAGAGUUGUCAAUACAAUUUAAGUUCCUUUUAGGCACAGUUGAGCCAAUUAUUUUUGUACAGACUAUAACAUUUCAUACUGUCUUCUAUUUCCUCUUUUAGUGUGAGUUACUUGAAGUGCGCCAGGUCAACUUGUGGUUAAAUAAAAUGUGAAAAAUCCUUAAA